AUGGCUGGUGAUAAGCAGGAGCUUAAGAGGAGCAUCUCCAUCAUCCCCUGCUUUGUGUUUGUGGAGCUGGUGAUCAUGGCAGGCACUGUGGUGCUGGCCUACCACUUCGAAUACACAGACACUUUUCCUGUGCAUCUCCAAGGCUUCUUCUGCUACGACAGUGCCUAUGCAAAGCCCUAUCUUGGCCCUGAGGACUCCAGCCGGGCACCACCAGUCCUGGUCUACUCUCUUGUCACUGCUGUGCCCACAGUAACGAUUCUUGUCGGAGAGCUGGCUGCCUUCUUCCUCCAGCUAGAGAGACGGGAGGAGAAAACGAUCACCUCGGGAGAGUGUUGCUACUUCAACGCCCUUCUACGACGCAUCAUCCGUUUUCUGGGCAUCUACUCCUUCGGCCUCUUCACUACCACCAUCUUUGCUAAUGCAGGCCAAGUGGUGACUGGCAUCCAGACUCCUCAUUUCCUCUCUGUGUGUCGACCCAACUACACCGUUCUGGGUUGCCAGCCGCCACCAGGCACCACCUACGUGACGGACAAGGCAGCCUGCAACGGAAACCCUGCCCUGGUCACUGCCGCCCGCAAGGCUUUCCCCUCUAAGGAUGCUGCGCUCAGCGCCUAUGCUGUGGCCUACACUGUGAUGUAUAUGACGCUGGUCUUCCGGCUGAAGGGCUCCCGUUUGGCCAAGCCCUCCCUGUGCCUGGCACUCUUGUGCCCGGCUUUCCUGGUGGGUGUGGUGCGUGUUGCUGAAUACCGGAACCACUGGUCUGAUGUGUUGGCUGGGUUCCUCACAGGUGGGGCCAUUGCUGUCUUUCUGGUGACUUGCGUGGUCAACAAUUUUCAGAGCAGUCCACCUACAGCCAAGAAAACACCCCCACCUGACAGUCUGCCCAGUGUCCCCAUCAUGGGCUUGCCCUGUGUUGAUAGUUCCUUUGAAAAGUUAAGUGUGGCUCAGCAGGUGAGGGACCCCCCAGAAGAACAGGAGUUUCCUACGCUACUCUCAAGAGGUCUGGAAAGGCAGCUAGCGCGAUCUCUCCGUUUCACAGCACCCGGCAGCACAGCAGUGGCCCACCCCUACGAAAUCACGGAGCUGUGUUCGCAGAGGUCACCUGAUCCUCAACUAUCUCUUGUCCCCACCACCCCAGACGUCCUCAUUCCUUCCCGGUCGGUCACCAGUGAGGUUUGA